CUGUGAGCUUCAGACAUGAGGCAGAUGAAACGCACCGCAUACAGCAUCCUGCUGGUCUGCGUCCUGGCGCUGUGGAUGGACUCUGUCCAGGCUGGCUCCAGCUUCCUCAGCCCCUCACAGAGACCGCAGGGGAAGGAUAAGAAGCCUCCCAGGGUUGGCAGACGAGACUCAGAUGGGAUCCUGGACCUGUUUAUGAGGCCCCCAUUGCAGGAUGAAGACAUCAGACACAUUACGUUUAACACUCCUUUUGAGAUCGGGAUCACCAUGACUGAGGAGCUGUUCCAGCAAUAUGGAGAAGUGAUGCAGAAGAUCAUGCAGGAUUUGCUGAUGGACACACCUGCCAAAGAGUGACAAGAGUGGAUAUGAUCUGGACUUCAUAAAACCCUGCGUCCCAUAUAUUCCUGCAUUAUUGCAUGCAUAAUUCAACCAAUUGUUAAACACAAUAAAAUUUUGCAAACGCAA